AGAUGUGGUUUGUCAGUCAGUCAGACGGUGGGUCGGUUGGUUGGUUGUUUGUGAAUUCAUAUCAACAUAUUUCCAUACAUAUGCAUUCAUUUUGGCGCUUACUGCUCAACGACCAUGUACAUAUGUACUUACUAAGUAGUAGACGACUGAGGCGCUAGCUUAUGCCGCCUUGUUUGCGCUGUACAAUUCUCAGUUGGCGAACAACCCUUGUGCAUAACGGAUAGGCAACACGGCAGACGACAUGCGACCGGCAUAAACGAAGCAAGCGAAAAAAAGUGAAUUAAGUAAAAAAUUUAAAGAAUUGUGGUGUAGAAAAAUUCAAUAAAUAAUAAAUAAGCCUCCAGGACGAUUGUGGCGCGCGUGCAAAAUAAAAUUAUCCCUCCAAAAAGAGAGAAAAAAAAACAAGCAAUAAGCGGCAACAAGUGCUGUAAAAUUGCGCGUUGAAACGUAUACCGACACAUACACACACUUGCGCAUGCAUAAUUCACUUGCAGACAUACAUACACGCAUACAGACAUAAGUACUAAGUUAGAUCCUGCGAUCGAUUUUUAAAGGACACACGCAGCAGCAGCAGCAGCACCGAAGCGCGAUAAAUUGGAAUUUGUUGAAGUGUAAAAAAUUAAGUUAAAUUUAAGUGUGCUCGCAAUAAAGUGCUGAUGUAGGGGAAACUCACUUUGGUGGCAAUUUUCUGCAUUAUAUAAGCGAUUAUUACAAGAAGAAGAUCGAAGAACCGCGAAAUCGUUUUGGUUAAAAUUGCUGCGCUCGAUAAUUCUACUUAAAAAAUAAUUUUCAUUUGCGUACUGCGAAUUGAUUGAAAUCUAAAUAAAUAAAAAUCUGAUCUGAGUUUUUGCUUGUAACAGCAAGGCUAUUAACCUAAAGACGCGAAGUUAGCACUAAUCAUCAAAUAAACAUGUCAUUCGAUAUUCCUUUUGGCGAUCAAAUGCGCAUUGCGCUGAGUUAUGUUAAAUUCAAAACCAAGCAAAAGCGCAUGCGCACAAAUGAAAAAGUCAUCACCGAUACAGUUUAUGGUAAAGUGAAGGGCGUAAAAUGGCAUUCCAUAUAUGGUGGCUCUUACUACAGCUUCGAGGGUAUACCAUUUGCUAAGCCGCCAAUUGGCCAUUUACGAUUUAGAGCGCCAGAAGAGCCAGAGCCUUGGACAGAUGUACGCCGUUGCACGCGCGAACACCCGAAGCCAUGUCAACACAAUAUCAUACUGAAGCAAGUGCAGGGGCGAGAGGAUUGUCUUUACUUGAAUGUCUUCACUAAAGAAUUGCAUCCCCAAAAACCCUUACCGGUGUUGGUUUGGAUCUACGGUGGUGGUUUUCAAAUGGGUGAAGCCUCUCGCGACAUGUACAGUCCGGAUUACUUUAUGAUGGAAAAUGUUGUUUUAAUUACAAUCACUUAUCGACUGGGUCCUUUGGGCUUCCUCGUCCUCGAUGACCCCGAGUUGGAUGUGCCCGGCAAUGCCGGUCUCAAGGAUCAAGUGAUGGCACUACGUUGGGUGAAGCAAAACUGCCAUUUCUUUGGUGGUGAUGCCGACAAUAUAACAGUGUUUGGCGAAAGUGCAGGCGCUGCCUCAGCACACUACAUGAUGCUUACUGAACAAACGCGUGGCCUUUUUCACAAAUGUGUACUCAUGUCCGGCACUGCCCUAGCACCGUGGGCAAAUGUACCACAACACAAUUGGGCUUAUCGUUUGGCUAAAGCUACUGGCUAUCGUGGCGAAAAUGUUGACAGCCAAGUAUUGCAGCACCUGCAACACUGCAAGGCUAGCACUAUGGUGAAAGUGUGUGAAGGCCUACUCACCACAGAUGAGCGUCAUCAACGACUGAUGUUCAGUUUCGGUCCGACCGUGGAGGCAUAUAAGAGCAAACAUUGUGUUUUACCACAAUCGCCUGUGGAAAUGAUGCGUACCGCUUGGGGUAAUGCGAUACCAUUGCUCAUUGGUGGUAACAGUUCAGAGGGAUUGCUAAUGUUUAGCGAGGCACGUAAAUAUCCAGAUUUAAUGACAAAAUUAAGUGAGGACGCAACAUAUUUGGUGCCGGAUGAUGCGAAUGUGAGUGCGGAUAAGCGAAGUGAAUAUGGAGAACGGCUGAUGAGAUUGCAUUUUGGUGAUAGUCAACCUAGUUGGGAAACGGUGUUGCAGUAUGCGGAUAUCUUCUCCUACAAAUACUUUUGGCAUGGCAUUCAACGUACGUUACUCUCCCGCCUACACCACUCCAAUGCGCCUACUUACCUCUAUCGUUUCGAUUUCGAUUCCAAACACUUCAAUUUUAUGCGCAUCAUCACCUGUGGUCGCAACGUACGCGGCACCUGUCACGCCGACGAUCUCUCCUAUCUAUUCUACAAUGCGGGCGCCAAGAAACUAAAGCAACGCAGUGCCGAAUUUCGCACCAUACGUCGAUUGACCACAAUGCUGGUGCAUUUUGCCGAAUGCGGUAAUCCUAAUAUACCUAUGAAUGAAGGCCAUGACCAUAGCUACCAUUAUCACCACCACCAUCGGCAACAGUCGUCGCAAAAACAACAACAACAACAAGAACCAAAACAACCACUUCCCUUAAACAACCAAAACGGUAACAGUAAUGCUAAACAAAAUGGUGGCCAAGAGGAGGGAGACGUUGCAGGGCAGGAAGCUGGCGCACAGCAAUAUAGCCGGCAGAGUAGUUAUGAUGAUAGUGUGAGCGAUGGUGUAGAGUUGGCGUUGGAGGUGAACGGAGCAUUGGUGGAAGGUGAAAUGCCAGCGCAACAACUAUGGCUGCCAGUUUCACGCGAUGCGGAUGUAUUCAAAUGUUUGAAUAUCUCCGAUGAAUUGGAGGUGAUAGAUCUGCCCGAAGCAGAUAAAUUGCGUGUAUGGGAUGAAGUGUACACAGACAGAGCGCUACUGUAUUGAGUGAGCGCAUAUACAGAGGUAGAUAUGAGUAUAUGAUUGAAGUUUUGGUUAGCCUGCUCAUUUGCUAGGUGAGUGAUUGGAUGAGGGGUAACACUACAGCAGUUGACGCGGUUCAGCACAAAGUGUAGUGUAAUUAGAGUUAGGGUUUUUGGUACGAGCGUUGUGUUGUGACGAAAAGUGUAACUUUUGCAAGUGAUAUUUACCGAGUAUGCACAGGAUGCAGAGCAAUUUAAAAACUUUAAUAGCACAAGUUAAGCUGCUAUGAAUAUUCCACACUUUACUUUUUAUUGCAUGUUAGGCGGAGAAAAUAUUUACAUUGUACAUUCUUAUGUACUAUAUGCAUAAAUAAUACAGCUGAUUCAAUACACAUUUUUAUAUCUGUAAUUUUGUGCUGAAAGCAAAGCAUAUUUUAGUAGAUAGUUGUUAAGUAUUUUGUAAGCCAUAAAAAAUUAAAUUUUUUAUUUUGUAUUGUAUGUAUGCUACACAUAUUGUUUGACGAUAUACGCAUAAAAGUUAUAACAAUAUUUUAAUAAAAGUCUAA